CCUCUCGGCGGAGCCGCGGGCCCCGGAGGCGGGCGCCUGGUUCGACCACCAGGUGAAGCAGCUGGCCGCCAACGCCCGCUUCGAGGCCCCCGCCGCUGUGAACCGCAGCGCCUGGGGCUACGCCGCGUGCGGCCCAGGCUACCAGCCUCGCCGCACCGGUAGCGGUAGCAGCAUGGCCGCCGCAGCCGCCGCAGCGGCGGACAUGGCCGCAAG